AUGGAGGCCACUGGGGUUGACCCUGCUGGCGACGAGUACAGCACCUCGAAACCUACCAAAUUCCGUUUCAAGACGAAGCGGGCACGAUCGGAGAAGGAUCACGACACAGAGCACCGAAACAGCGAGAAGAGGCACCCAGACUCCGCAUUCCGGGAGUCUCUUUUCGACGCCCUCGCCGACGAUGAAGGUGCGGCGUACUGGGAAGGCGUCUAUGGCCAGCCAAUGCACAUAUACUCAAACACAAAAGAGGGGCCUAAGGGCGAGCUGGAGCAGAUGACAGAAGAGGAGUACGCUGCAUAUGUCAGGGCUCGGAUGUAUGAAAAGAGCCACGAGCAUAUCGAGGAGGAGCGUGUGCGGAUGGAGCAGGAGAGGCGGCGGAGGAAGAAAGCAGAGAAGGCAAGGGAGCAGACGAGCCAGAUGGAGGAAGAAAGAGAGGACUUCCAGGCGAGAGUCGAAGCGAGUCUUAAGAAAGGGGAGGCUAGAAAGAAAGCGAAAGAGACAAAAGAGUCGUGGACGACGUACAACAAGAGAUGGGAGGAGCUCAAGGCUAACGCGGACCAAGAGAAGAGCGGGAAGGUGGCAAUUCGAAACGUCAUUCCAUGGCCAAUUCGAUCAGGACAGUGGAAGGAUGUAGAAAAGGACGCUAUCGAACAGUUUCUCCUGAACGCACCAGUUGCUGAGGAUGGGCUUAGUACUCUACUAAAGCUCGAACGCGUAAAAUGGCAUCCGGACAAGAUUCAGCAACGUUUUGGCGAAGGAGGCAUUGAUGCCGAGACCAUGCAAUUGGUUACUGCUGUCUUCCAGGUUGUGGACCGCAUGUGGAACGAUCUUCGGAAGAAGAGCAAUGGCUAA